UUCAUUGAAAAUUUGUAGUGCUUAUUUUGAGGAUUGGCAAAGCGAAAUUCUGAUCAGCAGUUUUGGAUUUGAUGAAGAUUUUUGUGUUCUUUUCGAUUUAUGAGUGUAAUUUGAGGAAUUGGGCCUACAAAGUUUGGACUGUUUUGUUUUUUUGUUGAAGAGAAAAAUGUUUUCGAAAAUGUAGGGGUGAAAUUUAGCCUGGAUUUUCUUUUCCUGUUUUUUCUGGGCUGGAGAAAACCCUGUGGUCGAAAUUAUUGGGUGCAUUUGUGGAAAAUUGGCGUUUCGGUGUCCGAAGACUGGAUUUUGUUUUUUGUUUGUGUUAAAUUCUGGUGCAGACAGCUUGUUUGGUCUACAAAUUUGAGUUUUAUGCUUUGUUUAGUGGAUUUAUGGGCUUGAAGAUAAGGGUUUGGAUUAUUGGCUAAUCUGGUAGGUUUAUAAAAAAAUUAAUUGUGUUUCAAUUUUCCAGAAACUCUUUUUAGAUCCAUUUUAUAUUCGUUUACUGCAAUUAAUAAUAUCAAGAUAAGGAGCAGGGAUACAAAGAAGUCGCUCUCUGUAAAGAGGCCAGAAGCCCGUGCCUUAAGAUUGCAAUUUGUAUUUUUACAGCUUGCAGAUUUCUGGAUUAAAUGUGGGAGGAGAAGGCUAAAAUCUUUUCAGUGGAUCUUGCGUGGAGAAGGAUUUGUCAAGGAUGGGAGGCUGCUCACCUUUUGUCAUUGAGGCGGAUGAGGUUGAGCGCCAGUGCAAUGAAUUGGGUUUCUCAGUCACCCAAUACAUGACUACGUUAGUGAAGCCUACUCAAGUUCUGGCUAGAGUUCCCAUCUCCAAUUUUCGUGUUGGAGCUGUUGGCCUUGGAGUUAGCGGACGCAUCUUCAUGGGAGUCAAUCUGGAGUUUGUAGGUCUUCCUCUGAAUCAUUCUGUUCAUGCAGAACAGUGCCUGGUAGCCAAUGCAGCACAACACGGAGAGCGCCAGCUUAGGUUUAUUGCAGUAUCUGCAGCCCCCUGUGGCCAUUGCAGACAGUUUCUGCAAGAAUUAUAUGGGGCCCCUGAGAUUAACAUCUUGAUUGCUGAUGAACGUGCUGAAACCCAGUCUCUGUUACAUUUUCUUCCGCACAGAUUUGGUCCAGAUGAUUUGGAGGAGGGCACUCCUCUUGUUUUCCAGCCUCACUUCCAUAGCUUAUAUUUUGGGUCUCUCCAUUCUCCGAAAGUGGAUCCUGCCUUGAGCAUAUGUAAAGUUGGAGAAAAUCAAGAGAAUGGCAGUAUUAAUGGCUUUUCAGCCUCUGAAGAUCUGUAUGAACUCAGAUUGGCUGCUCUGCAAGCUGCAAACUCAUCACAUGCUCCAUAUAGCCACUGCCCUUCUGGAGUUGCUUUGAGGACUGUGAAAGGAAAUAUCUUCAAAGGUUCCUACACAGAAUCUGCUGCAUUCAAUCCCAGCCUUUCACCUCUGCAGGCAGCAAUCAUUGCAUUUACUUGUCAAGAUGGAGGGAACUAUGAAGAUAUAGUCCAGGCAGUUCUUGUGGAGAAGGAGGAAGCCCUUGUUCAGCAGGGUGAUACCAUUAAACUUGCCCUGCAGAAAAUAAUCCCCAAAUGCUCCUUUCAUCUUUUCAAUUGUAUUGUAAAAUGAUCUAACUGGUCCUAAGAGUCAUUUUCCUUGCUUUGAUAUCUCAUCAUCAUAAUAUUAAGCAUGGCAAAUCCAUUGCAACGCCAUCUUAAUUUCCUGAGCCACUUCUGCUAAACUCUGUAAUUGAUGGCAAACAUCUUUCAUUAGUGCCAACGUGUAUAUACUUCUGUUUUUUGUAUUGAAAUAACAGUGUUUAUUCAUGGAAUGAAUAAACCCAAGCACACAAUUUGAUUUAUAGAAUCAUAUCUUUCUAAUCCA